AUGGCCAGUGAAAGGGCCAAGAUUCGGGAAGAGCUUCGCGCCAAGAUUGCGCGAGGUUCAUUCAGUGCCCAACGAAGAAGUGCGAACGCCCAGGAGGCUUCAUUCAGUGAAGACCAGCUGGUCGAUCAACUUAAGCGCUUGCAGCCCAGAUCCAAAGGUGGUUUGAUCUAUCAGAAGUACGACAACUUCCAAUUCUACUGGAGACAUCCAGCACUCCGACUUCUGUUUGUAAUGGUGCUCUGGCUGUUGGACAUGUACAUUUUUGGUGAGGACCCCACCACAUAUUCCAAGACGCCCUGCCGCAUCGGGGGCAUCGGUCACAUCGUCAACGUCUUUUUCCCGACAUCGGAAGAUACCGUGCCAUGGAUCUUGCUGCGUAUCAUCCUCGUGACGACCUUCCUGCUAGGAGGAGUCUUCUUCGCCAAGAUCUUGAAAUCCCGACUGGCCUUGCGCUUUGAGAUGUUUACCUACAAGGGCAGUUACUUCAUCAUCACUGCAGCAGUUCUGGUCAUUGAUCUCGUUCUUUGUGCCAAGGUCUACAACUGGAUUCGAUGGAAGGUCCUUUGCAAUAGCUACACUGCGCCUUGUGCCUGUGAAGAUGUGAAAUGUGGUGGUUACAUCUCCAAUGACUUGCACAUUCGGAACGACACUUUCGCACAUCUGACGCAGUGUGGAGCUUUCAUUGCCGACACCCUGGCCGUCUUUUCGGUGUUGGACUUGAUUUUGCAGGACGACAGCGUGUACCGCUUGGGCAGCGGCUUGAAUAUUUCGGGCUUUUGGGAACGACAUCGGACACAUCUCCUGUGGGGCAGCUUCAGUGUGGUGAUGCUGUUGGGCGUCCCAUCCAUUUUUCUCAGCCACAAGGCCCUGGCCACGUAUCAACAGGGGAACUCAGUGACACAUCGCUCCAAUGUGGGACGGAUGGUGGUGGCUGGGUGCCUUUUUGUGGUGGAUCUUUGUAUCGUGACUCAAGACUUAGACUUUCCACAUUUUGAGAACUCACUGGAAGUGAUGCUGCUUGGUACCAACAUUGCUUUUGAAGGAUCAUUUAUCAACUAUAUCAUGGUGUUUGUCUCGAUGCUUCUGGACCUGAACUGCUUGUAUACGCACGGAUGGUACAGGCCCUCUGACUAUGGUCAGUAUUAUGUGACCGAUCGAAGACUUUGCAAUUUGAAGAAUACAUCGAUGUAUCGCCAAGUGGAUUGCAGCAGUGAGACAUGUCCCUGGAUCAGACUGGAUCCAAAGCUGUGGAACAACCGCACAGAAUGUGAAGACCCCAAGCUGUUACUGGGCUCCAGAUAUCAUCCCGAAAUCGUCAAAUAUCGCUACUAUUUGGCCAUUGUGCCCAUCCUCACUGGCAUCAUCAUCUUCUGCAGUCUCUUCCGAUUGGCAGGUAGAUCGCCACAGAAUUUGUGCCGGCGAGUGGUGAUUUCCAACGCCUUUGCUGCCAAGAAGAUUGAGGAGUACGAGUCACGGUCUAUUGAAAUGACGGAAGUCACAGGACGCAGUGCACCCAGUGCGCCCAGUGCGCCCACUGAGCCCGGCGCGUCCACGGCAUCCAUGUCGUCCAUGGCGAGCGCGUCCCGGAACCAUCUCCUGGCAAAGCUUGAGCCCGACACCGACGGCGCCGGCGGGAGCGAGUCGCCGCGCAUCAUUGUCGUCACUGCAUCGGGAGUCACGGCCUUUGAACUGCGAGACAACCGGCGGUCCCCUUAUGGAGGAGUCCAACUUGCUUGGAUGCGACCUCACGUCUUCUGCAAAAGCCUUCGUUUUUGGAUCAUGCGCAAAUUUGCUGAGUGGCAGGGUUCUUCCCUGGAUGUGCAUCCUUCUUCCCGGGACUAUUUGUAUGCGCGUGUGCAGGAUUUGAAAGAAAAGCUGCGCACGGAAAACUUGGUGCGCACGGAUGUACCAUUUCAUUCGCUGGAGCUCCUGUGGCAUGGACGUCUACUGCACAACGAGACCAUGUUGCGCUCCCUGGGAGCCGAUGCCAUCGUCUACCUCCUCUACGAUCGAUGGAGCCUUCGGCGAAAACGCCUCGCCGCAUGGCGGGCCGAAGCUGAGCGGAUCUGGGACUCCCUGGCACCCUUGGCGGAGUUCGGACCCAUCACCUUGCAGAACAUCUCUGAGAUCUCCUCUGCCUAUUCAAAGAUCAAUGGGUGGCAGCUUUACUAUGCCGAGGUUGGCAUCAUCAAUGGUCGUAUCUUUCUUCGUCAUGGCAUUCGCUUAGUUGGAUGGCUGGCUGCGACCCUGAAACUCAUUGGAGAAGCGCUGAAACUUGGAGCCGAUCAAAUCCCAGGGGUCCCAGAUGUUCUCUUUGUGCUUUCAGUCCAUGAUGAAGCUCGCUUAGAAAAAUCGCUCUUCAAAGCCUUACCUUUGCUAUCGGUCUUAACCACAAGUGCACAUUGGGAUAUUCCCAUUCCGGGGCAGACUUGGUUUGAAUCGACCGGUGGCAUAUCAUCCCAUGGCGUGCUGCAAGAUUUUUCGCUGUGGGAGUCCUUAGAGUGGCAAAGAUCCUUGGAACAGACCUAUCCGUGGCAAAAUCGUUCGGAGAAAGCCUUCUUCCGCGGACAUGACUGGAGUUCGUCCAACUCAUUUACAGAACUUUUGGAAAGUCGACCCAAAGAGGACUGCAUUCCACGUUUUGAUGUUUCCAUGUCAUUUCCUUACAGAAGAUGGUAUGCCGAACUAUCAUCUGGAGAAUUAAGCGACUUCUUGGAUGUGGGCCUGACUGGAGCCCCAGACUACGUCAAGGAGCAGCUUCCACACCAGACAUAUGUGGACCCGGUGUCGCUCCCGGAACACGCAAAACACAAAUAUUUGCUGCACUUGGACGGCACAGCUGCCAGUAAUCGGCUCUUGAAACUGCUCCUCAUGGGUUCAGUGGUCUUGAAGCAGGAUUCCAUCUAUGAGGAGUACUUCUACAAAGAUUUGGUGCCUUUUGUGCACUUCGUGCCAAUCGCCCGAGACCGUUGCAGCACAAGCAAUUUGACCUCCAGCCUCCAGUGGCUUCGGUCCCAUGACCGGGAGGCAAAAGCCAUCGCCAAGGCUGGACAGCGCUACGCGCGAACAUAUCUUUCCCGAGCUGCGGCCGCCUGUUACUGGCGACAGAUGCUGAGUAGCUAUGCGGCCUUGCAGGCUUUUCAUCCAAGGGCUGUCAUGAACUUCUCUGAGUGGUUCGAGUGGACAGACCAAAAAGGCACAGCUUAG